UCCUUAAACCUUACACUUACCUAUACAUGCUUAUCACCAGUUGACUACCCACCAGAGUUUCUUCCCUAGGUAUAAAUAUAGGAUUCCAUCAUCCUCAUUUUAUUAUUAUCACGUGCGGAUAUCACCCGGCGGAAUAAGACGGCUCGGAUUGACUUACUCACCUCCAACUAAGCCAAUCUAUCUUAUAACAUCUCUCAUUUAUACUAGUUCUCAUGAAGUUUGCUCAAGAAUUUAGAAAGUCUCUACAACAAGAAGGCUUCCCCCAAAAAUGGGUAAACUCUGCCGUUCCUUACGGCCAACUCAAAAAGUGUCUUAAAAAGGUUACCAAUGAGCUCCAAGAGCUUGGCCUAGAUAAAGACACUUUGUCUCAGUUAGCCACUACUCCAAAAGACCCAUCUACUGUGGCCUUUCACUAUCAUCUAGACGGCAAGACCACGGAUUCAAAACACUUUCGGCCAAGGUUAACCUUCUUCAUACACUUAAAGGACGGCGUGGCUGUAGACGCAAAGUUGACCCCCACUACGCGAGAUUUCCUGAAGAAGAUUGUUUCUAGGACAGAGGAUAUAUCGGGUUCAUUAGCAGAUGAACUCGGCAAUGAGAACUCGGUUCCUGCCUCUUAUAACCUGGAAAAGCCUCUUCUAUCUGAAGAGGAAUCCUCGUUAAUUCAAAAGAUCGAAGUACCUCUGGUCUUCGAUGGCGAGUUCUUCGAUAUCUUACAGACUGAUGUUUCGAACCUAGACGCGCUGCAAGAAGAAGAACAAGAUAAACUGGGGAAAGAGAUAGUGCUCCUGGGCCGGGAUAUUAAUAUGGCUACGAAACCAUCGAAAGGCCGGAAAGCAAGGGUAGACCUGGAGACUUGGCGCGAAAUCUUUGAAUUGUACCUGGAUGCCCGGGUCUUCUUUUCCACUUUAGAAAGUGAUCAUGGGGCCAGGACAAGCUCCCAAGCCGUUGAACAGCUUCGAUGGUUUCAAACCCAGGUGUUAUCGAGAAAGCUAGUCCAUAGCCUAAAGUUGGAUAACAGUCGGCAAGCCUACACUAGGUUUCUCAGCAUGAAUGCGCUGCUCGUACAAAUUCUCAAAUUUCAGGAGAUUAAUAACUUGGCGGUAACCAAGAUACUUAAAAAAUUCGAUAAGAGGACCUCGCUAAGCGUUUCCCGGGCAUUUCCCGUUACCGUACGAUCCAAUCAUCUCUUAGCAGGAAGUGUGGCCAAGGAUUUAUGUGCGCAAAUGUCGACGGAACUCAUCUCUGUCGUUCCGCAGCUUGACGAUUAUCUUUGCCCCAUCUGUUUUGCAGUGGCGUACUGGCCUGUUCGGCUGGAAUGCCAGCAUAUAUUCUGCAGUCGGUGUCUCGUUAAGAUGUCUCGAAAAGGAGAGAGGUUCUGUCCCCUCUGUCGAGCCGAUGUGAUCAUGCGAGCUAGUUUGGAAAACUUCGACAGCACACGCGCCGCAUUCCUUCGCGAAUAUUUCCCAAAGGAGGUUAAGGAAAAGAUUCGAGCCAACGAGCGUGAAAGGAAUAGGGAGAUAUUUGGACCCGACUACUCGGAUUCACCUUGCUCUGUGAUGUAAAGGUUGAAGCGACCGACCGCCUAUUUUUAAGAAAAUUAACAGCUUCUCGGGGCAAUUCAAGAGGUG